UGCACUUGAUGGCCCUUGGGGUCUCUUCCAGCUCUACGAAUCUAUGAUUCUGCGAGCCAAGCCUUUGCACCUGGAUGUGAACCUUGUGCUGUCCUUUAGGUAUUUGAAUGAGCUUCGGAAAAGUGUGAUCAAUUGCAAUGUUUUUUGUUGUGAGCCAUAUUGCACAGUGGCCAUUAAUGUAAAGCUUGCGAGGGUUCACUUCGGUCCUGGCUUCCCUGCUGCUCCAGAGGACUGCCUGUAACAAGAAAGAUAAAAAAAUUCAUAGUUUUCAAUCCAGCUUUUAAGCUAAGAUAUAGGUAGUUGAUUUUGAGUUUCUAAAGCAGUACAAUAAAUUUAGAUUUGAUAAGAAAGUAUUAGAUAUAUCUCAGGUUUCUUCCCCAAAUUUGCCUCCUUUGGAGAAACAUGUUAUUCCCCACCCCAUUGGCCCCCCAAUUUCCAGAUAUUUCAUACUUCUACACCUAUUUUGUAUGUUAGGGUAGACAUGGUCAAUCUUGUGAUGAAGAUCCUCACUGAGAAGCAGAAUGGUCUGUGGAAAGGCCGUCCUUUGGUGCCCUGAUCCUCACUUGAUCUCCCGUGGAAAGUCAAAACUGCUUUUGGUAACCAGACAAUGAAGCAGGUUGGGUGUUUUUUGACCUUGUUUGACUUUUAGUCCUUCGAGCAUCGGUCAGGUGAGCUAGUAAUGAUUUUUGUGGACUAAUAAUUUGUUGUACUGUCAAGAUUGUACUUGAUUUUUAAAAAAGUUUUUGCAAGGCUGUGGUCUGGGGUGAUCCAAAAGGGCUAGAGAGUUCUUUCUAUGUUAAUUCCAAUCUGUGUGGAUUUUGUGAGAGCCUGAGAGAUGAAAGACCAGUAGUGUUAACAGUCGGUUCCAGAACUGUAGUCCCUGUACUGACCCUGUCACUCUAUUUCUUGCCGGCCUAUAACCGCUAACGGCACAGAAACAUCAAGCAUGUUAGCGGUUACAACCUUGCUUUUGAUUGGAUGUAUGAAGUUGGCUUUGUGGAAUCAAACCAUUGGUCCAUCUAUCUCAGUGUUGCCCGCCUGAUUCGAAACAUUGUAGGCAAAAAGAGCACUUUCAUCUUUGAGGUUUUUUAUCUAGAGGAUCAAGGAUUGAAUCGGAACCAUUGCACAUAAUGUGUGUUUUCUGUUCUGGACCGCAGCCCCUUCCUGAGCGUUUAGAGACACAUUUUAAUUACUCCAAAUGUCUAUGAAAUAAUUACUUACCUGUCCCUGUCCUUUUUUUGCAGAUGAGCAGCGAUGCUUCAGCCAGUGCACAUUGAGGAAGAUGCUGCUGGCAGAGUCUUCGUUUUCAGUUAAAUAUGCACGCAAGAAUGGCUGCUGCAGGUGCUUCUGGUAUUGAGGACAAAGCAGGAGCUAAGUCUCCAUCUGCCCUCUGUGGACAACUUGAGGACUGUAAUAGGCAGCUGCCGGAGGGGAAGGGGGCAGCUGAGCAGCUCCCUGAACAGAGCAACGCUUCCUUUGCAGCAACAGAGCAAAACCGGCAGCAAGCCACUGCGGGCAAGUUGAAGAAAACGGCUUUCAAGCUCUUUGGUGGGAAUAGAAGCAUCUGUACGUUACCCAGCUUCUUUGGAGGGAAAAACAAAGGCCACGGGAAGGGAACCUCUAAGAAGAGUUUAUGCAAGAGUAAAACGCACGAUGGCCUCAGUGAUGUUGGAUGUGAAGAUGCUGGCAGAGAGCGCCUCAGGAGCCCCUCAGAGGGUGGAACGGACUUCCCCUCUCCCCAGCUGCCAAACUCUCAAAGUGCCCUUUUGGCAACGGACUCUGGCCCUCAGGCUGGUUUUGUUGGCUGGUCAACUUCCCUGUGUGGAAGUUCUGAUGGCUUUGAGAGGAAGCCCGGAGGAGACAAAUCUCUGUUCCUCCCACGACCCAAAAAAGGUCUGAAGGGGCUAUUCAACAGCAUUCGGCGCCAUCGGAAGAACAAAGCGAAUGAACCCGAGAAGACCGAGCUGCAAGAGUGGACGUCUAGGAGAGCUGUGGCCGAAAAGCAAGGCCAAGGAAAUAAACAGGUGGGUGUUGAAACUGCACAGGCUCCCGAGAAAACAAAUCUAAAAAGCCUGGUGCUUCCUUCAGAGCACAGGGAGGACCUCAACAGUCAAGCUGUACCUGGAAUAAAGGCCAGCCUGGGUGAAUCUAGAGAGAUUGACCAGCUGGUAGCCAAUGAAAACAGUUCUGAUGGGAAUGCAGCCAUUGGGGUUGCAAACUGCGAAGACUCUCAAGAUGUCGAAUUGGAGGCGUGUGACACCCUUGGGGUAAACUCUACCUACGAUGGCCUUCCAGAUGGUCUCCAGCCAGAGUUCUUAGACAGCGAUCCUCCCUCUGCCCCUUCUGGGGAACAGCUUAGCUUGAUGUUUGGAGACGUGACUUCCCUUAAAAGCUUUGACUCUUUCACUGGCUGUGGAGACAUUAUUGCUGAGCCCGAUAUUGACAGUAUCGCAGAGAGUUCUACUUCUGCGGGACGUGGUAGAGAUGCCACCAAAAGGAGUUCCUGUCUUGUUACUUAUCAGGGUGGAGGGGAAGAGAUGGCCGUGCCUGAUGGUAUUGAGGAGUAUCUCCAGCAGAUGUGGGAAGGGGCUGUCAAAGUGGAUGCUGCUACUUAUGAAACCCACCUACCCGAGAUCAUGACCAACAAUGAGUUCCAAAAAGUGAACAGUGGCAAUCAGGGCCCCCAUCUCUAUUCCGACCGCACAAAGAAUGACAUGGAUCUCCUCACUCCGCACAGUGACCAACAAGAAUCUGCUCCCAAUAGUGAUGAAGGUUACUAUGAUUCAACCACCCCAGGUCCUGAGGAUGAAGCUGGAGAUGAAGAAAUCAAGAAGGACCGCCUUCCAAGGGACAGCUAUAGCGGUGAUGCUCUUUAUGAAUUUUAUGAGCCAGAUGAUGUGCUCAUGAGUCCCUCUCAUGAGAACGAGUCCUGGUUUGACAGGAAAGUUUCUCCCUCAGAGAACUUUGGCCAGUUCUUGGACUUUACUGUCCCUGCAGAGAAGGAUCUGGUCUGGAUGAUGGGACAGAAGAGUGAAGUGAUGGAAACUGAGGAGGAGAGACUGGCUGCCAUUCAGAAGCAGCUUCUGUAUUGGGAAAUGCAGCAAGAGCCCGUUUUGAAACACCUGGAUGUGCUAAGCAAGGAACAGCAUCCCAGGGAAAAGGAAUGCAGUGAAUGUAAAGCCAGAACAGCCAGCUUGAUUGACAAAUGUCCAAGUUGCCUUGGUUGCAUGCAGGGCGUCCCUCGUGCUCUGGGCAGAAACCUCAACGCCAGCCUCUCAGCUGAAAACCAAGACUGGAGGGACUUGCAAGAGAUGCUGUGCCCAGAAAAACGCUCUAACGGCAGUUGUGGUCCCAAAGCACAUGGCAGUUGCCUUACUGAGUUGGUGGGAAAUGGCGUCGUGUUGGAUUCCAAUUUGGAGCAUGUGGUGCUCGAAUCGUAUGCUUUGAAUGGCUUGACCUUGGAGAAAUCUGUGGCGUACCCUUUCUACAGAAUGCACGACCACCACAGUUGCCCACCAAGUGACCAUCACAGCGGAGCUGAACCUGGCUUUCGAGAGUCCUGCACAGAAAGCAAAUAUGAACCAGACCAGGCUGUGAACUUCUCUCAAGCUUUGGUGGAAUUCACUAGCAGUGGGACUCUCUUCUCCAGCCUCUCCGAAAGCCUGGGGAGCUCAGAUUCGGGCUCCGUGUUCACUCAGAACCUUCCCGCCCUCCCCACCAUGGUCACAUUUGAUAUAGUGGAUGUUGAACAAGAAGGCGAAGGUGAGUGUGAACAGCACUUGGAGAUGAACACCGAUGAGGACAUCACCGUAUCCUUUGAGGCCUUUGAUGAUAGCUACGUUCCGAAAGAAUCCUUCGCUGAAUGUGACGAGAGAAUGUUUCCUGGGUAUCCACAAAGCUCUUUCCAAAGCUGUAACUGGGGUGUGGCCAGCCUUCCCCGUUGUCUUCGGCUUCAGGAAUUGAGUCCACCCAUGCCAGAGCCAUUGUCUGUCUGUCGGAGGAGCCGGUCCCUGGACACUGAGAGUCUGGAGUUUGAGCUUGGAAGUUCUCCACCAUCCAAGAACAGCCUGAAGUUUUUCAAGCUUUGUUCUAAAUGGAGUGGCUGCAAAAAGAACACCAUUGCUCCAGGACUGAGUGCUAGCCAGGAGGACCCUCCAGGUUCUGCAGAAGAACGGGAAGGCAGUGGCACUGUUCCUUGGGCAGGUCUACAGAAUGUACCCUACCGUGCGGAUAUGUUUUGUUCUCAAGAGGCGAAACAGUGGGACUGUGAUUUGAGUGCACCGGCUUUCCAGACUACACAGGGUGCAUUGGAACUGACCGACUCAGAACUGCCUUUCGUGUUCACUGCAAAGGAGAUCGCCAAAAGACCUUGUCACGAUGGGACCAAUAACCCAGUGCUUCAGAUGCCGAGACUGAUCACCAGGCCUUCCAGUCUCCCUCUGCAAGCACAAUUUGAGUCCCAAAAAGCAUCUGCUACCUCUCGCAGGCAUUGUGGAGACAGCGUGACUAAGAAAAUGGCUUGGGUGCUUCCUUUGGGAGACAACAGUGUUGACUUACCUUCCAGCUUUGCCUUCCCCCGUUCCCCUGACAAGCCAGCAAUAUGCAAACCCACGGACAAGAUGGAAGGAAGGGUCCAGAUUCACUGCAGCAAUGGUGAGGCCCUCGAGGGUGAGGCUGAGGAUUGUGGGAGCUCCGAAGCUGACCUGCCGAAAGGGAAAGCGGAAUGUUGGGACGCCCCCUCGGCCACCCGCCAGAAUGUCAAAAUGAAUGUAACAGUAGCCAAAUAAUAUAUAUGAGGGUCAAAAAGUGGGUUCGGGCGGGACGAUUUUUAAUGGUUGUGAUGGGAUUUAGUACGUUUUGAAAUCCAUAACUUCAGAGCUGGGAGUAAUAUAUUCAGUUCUUGCCUCGUUGGGGAGGAUGGUGCCGGGUGGAAGCCCUGUUCUCUAGGUUAGUAACAGAUUUCUGUUUUCACAGCGUGGGCCUCCAUAGCUGCUCAGUAAAGGGCAGAAAAAAGGAUGCACGGGCACUCUGGAUUCCAGUUGAUCCAUCUGUGAGGAUCUCAGGUCUCAGUCACAGCCUUCUAAGUUAAGGGGGCAAAAACCAUUUUCUGAAACCAUCAGGUGGCCGAAGUUGUUGCCCUUUAAAAUAUAUAUAUAUAUACACUUUUUGUGAUUUUCACUGGAAUGGGUUGUUUAUGGUUAAAAAGUGGUAAAUGUUCGGUUUCUCAGUUACUCAAAGGAAACCGUGUGUGGGGCAGAAGCAGUGCUCCAUAGGCGUUUGAUGAAUAAUUAUGUCUGAUAGGGAGCAAUCCUAUUUGACAGUGGUAGGCCUGCCUCACUUUUUCUCCACUUUGAAUUGCUGCUGUUCACACACUAGAACUAUUCUCGAUCUCAUAGUCAGCACUGUGGACAGUUUUUCACAGUGGCCUCUAAUGGCCUUGUAUCUUUGGAUGUGGUUUUUUUUUGGGGGGGAGGGGGGUCUUUUCCAUUUGAACAUGUCACCAAAGACAUCUUGUCAAAUUCGUUGUCAGAUGAUCUCACUUUUGCUAAUGUAAAUGUAAAAAAAAAAUUAACCCCACAUUGUUGAUAAAAAUGUUCGUGUGUGUGUGUGUGUUAGCAUUUUUGGUUGUACAUAUUUAAUUGACAGAUUGUUUUUUAAACAAACAAACAAAAUUUUAUAUACUAACGUGUACCAGUUAUUUGGCUCUGCCUUGGUAACUUGACCUGUUUCCAAAGAGUUUUCUCGAAUGUAUUGCUUUAAAAAAAAACUCAUAAAUUUGUAGUCUUAUUUCAUCUGGGGGCAAGAAUUGGCGCCUGGAAACGGGGCUGCAGGAGUUGAACACUGGCUGGUGGUGUUUUGAGAAGAGAGCGCUCUCUCUUCCUGUGGCCUCAGUAUUGUGGCCCUUCCUGUUUGGUGAAUUUCAGCUGGUUGAAAGGAAGAUAGUGUCAAGAGGGCAUCCAUGUUGGUCAUGAGCAGACAAACUAGAUUCUAGUCCAGUUACACCCUUAGAAGCAAAUAGGGUUUGGUUGGCAUCAGCUUUCGGUUGGGUAUCUGAGGAAGGGAGCUUUGACUCUCAGAAGCUCAUGCUUCCAAAAUCUUGUUGGCCUCUAAGGUACUACUGGACUCAGGCGUAGCUGUUGAAAGGGGGCAGCAACUAUAGCAGAGUCAUUUUGCACAUUACACUGAAUAAGAUGGUAGAAUCCCGGUUUGCCCAAGUAAGAGCACAAGCCCAGGGAAUCUUUUUGAAAUUAUUUCUCUCUUUAAAAAAAAAAAAUCACUGUAUGUGAAAAACUAGCACACAGUUCGGCAUAACCCUCUGACAUUCUGGUUCCCUCAGGCCUUCACCCUGGAAGCCAGAAUGCGGGACUGUCAGUUCUGUGAAAGAAGAUUAGCACUGCACUAAGCUCUGUAAGCCCCUGUGAAGAUCUUGGGAUCAAGAAGUAGGGUAUAAAUCUUUAAACAAUAAAUAGAUGCAAGGCAUUUUUAAUAUGGAGAACAUUAAAUAAUCUCACCCGCACACACACAGAAUGCCGUCAGAUCGUAUAAUCCAAAUUGCGUUUGUUGACUUGGAACAAUGUGUAGAACAGCUUUUAGAGUGAAACAAAAGAUGUCUGGGGUUCCUUCGUAUUGAGAAGCUGGCCCCACCCAUCAGCAGCACUGCCCCCUAUUCUGACCUGAGGCACAGGUGAGCUGUGGAAAGAGCUCGUGGUCCAGUCCAGUUGCUGAAGGUCUUGAUAACAGAGGCAAAUAGGACUGUCUAGAAGCCAAAGAAGUGACUGGUGUCCCUGAGAGGGAUGAUACAAACCCAUUUAAAACCUCGCCUGCCAGUUUUGUUUGCUUUUCUCACUGUAGAAAAGGCGAGCCACUGACAAAUUUACCUUUUCAGCAUCUUUAAGACGUGUAUCAUAAACAAACAGUGCCUCUGAUGCUUCAUGCAUCAUUUCACCACUAGCAACACAUGCGCAUGCACACCAACUCAGUAGUUUGAUUCUUCUUCUCCAAGGGUGCAGGAAGAUCAAAAUAUUGAUGUUUCACAAUGCUUUUGUGUUUUGUUCGAGCUAAGACUUCAGGCUAAUGUGGGAAUUGCUCCUUUCUGUGUCAUUUGCAGUUGUAGAAAGUUUUCUUGGGAAUAGAAAAUAACUCUGUGUCAUUUGGCAAUGUUUGCCUGAAAAGCAGACUUUGUGUGCAGACUUCUGCAUGUUUUGUCCUCUGGAUUGGACCAACCUUAUGACCAUCCAGGUCUCUCACUGUGUGACUGUCAUCCUGUUGGCUCCAGAAGUUGCCUCCAGAACAACAAAGCCAUUUCUGGAUUUCACAAGAUGGAAGGGAACACAAUAUUUCCUUGUUCCUCCUGCCAACACUGCAUUCAGUUUCCCCAUGAGUGUCCAGGUCAACUUACCAAGUGCUCAGUUGACCCUGCAUUUGAGAUUUCUUUUUAUAUGCAUAUAAGAUCAAUGUUAUCUAUUUUUAUAUGUUUUCCCCCCUUUUCUUGCAUUUUGUAUGCAUUCAUGGGAAAGCUUUCUACGGUGGGGGGGGGGGGGCUGUUAUUUUAACUUGUACUUUUUUUAAAAAAGUGCAGUUUACAGUUUUGAAAAAAAAAUAUGUUUGCUGCUAUCACUUGUGCAAUGGGAAGGGGGGAAAGUGUUCAUAGUGUCACGUUCAGUUCUGUAUUUGGUGUUAUUCCUACAGAUGUUCGGGAAGAUUUCAAGCCUUCCCUUUCCUGUUUCACCUGAUGUCUCUCCCCCACUCUUUUCUUCAUGGUCAUGAAAACAACUUGUUGGUUUUAGUGGCAGUUUGUUUCCUUGCUUGGUCUUGUUAUCUUCUGUUAUUGUUUUUUUGCGGUGUGUGUGUGUGUGUGUGUGUCUUAUUUUGGGCUUUUGAUUUGCAAACUUUUGGGGGUGGGGAGGGUUUGAGUUGUGGAUUACCGUACUAUUUAAAACUAGAAAAGUGUUGUGUGUCAUGUUCUUUUGUUGUCCUUGUAAAAUGGAUGCCUAUUGGGGAGAGUUCUCUUCUGAAUAGUUCCGUGAGUUGUGGAAAGGGGAAUGGUGAUGCCAAAGCGUUCCUGCGACUACAUUUCUGUGGGUGAAGCCCUUUCUGGCCGCUUGAGCUCUCUACUUCAGAGCUCCUCCCUGCAGUCGGGUCCAUCCCUGCAUCCUGAAGAGGAAGCCAAAUUUUUUUCCCUUGGAAGGUGAAAGGACUGGUCCUGUUCCAGAAAGGAGAUAUCUAAAUGCAUUCCGGUGGUUCUAUUCCUUUAAGUUGAGCUAAGGGACCACUAGCAGCUGGGCUUUAUAGAGGGCUGCAUUGUCUGUCUUUGUGUGUUUGCAGGAACAGGUAGCAAGGAGUGAAAACAGGUGGCAUUUUUAACAGUGCUUGAAAUCUGUUUUAGAGGACAUUUUGCUACAACACCAUUUACUCCAUGCAUGCACACACACCCCUCUGUCUUGGAGGAAGCUUUGAUGAAAACUGGUUUUGCGGGUUUCCUCCUGUGAACUGAGAAAAUGCUGCCCCUUGAGCGUUGUAAAGCAGUCACGAAUGCCAUUUUUCUAGCACCCAUGAGGUCACUGAUGUACUUUUCCUCCACUACAAUCCUGGCAGCAAGUUUUCAACUAUAUAUCUUAUAAGUGCACAGAUGCCUCGUUUAAAAAACAGUUCAAGGAAAGGCAAAAGACAGGACCAACCAGCUGAUCCAGGUUGGGCUUUGCUGUUCAACAGGCUUGUCUUCCUAGUUGCACGGCCAGGUUUGCUCUGCCAGGGAAGAAACAGCCGCGACUGCUGGAAUGAGGCCCUUCUCUUCCCUGGAAGAGUCCUUGCUUGAAUAUUGCUGCCUAAGCUAAUGGUUGCUGAAUGUACGAUCCUAACCAGCCCGGUCGUUGCCUUUCUUUUGCCACGCAGCUGAUAAUAUCGUGGCCAUUUUUGAAGGUCGGCCCAGUUUGCAAACUGUGAAGUAUUUUUCUCUCUUUUUUACUUUUUACGAUGUGAAUGCAUGCAUGUUCGUUCUUUAAGGUGCUCUGAAGGGUCCCCUUUGGUCCAUUUUGUUCCAUUUCACCCUUUGUUUAGCAGGGAAAAAUGGGCAAAGUACAUUGACAAGUGCAAGAGAGAGGCAGGAGUGGUCCUUUCAUAUAGAUGAGUAAAGAUCCACCAGAGAGAGAGAGCGUGUGUGUGUGUUUGUUUUAAGAGGACCCCAAAGAAAGGCAUGCUCUUCAUGGGCAUAGCAUAGUUGUGAAGUCUGUAAAGGAAGAAACGGAUGAAGCAGGAGCCUGCAAACCAGCUUCCAGCUUUGGAAAGGAAAGAAUACGCUGGUCAUUCGUUUGGCAAGUGCAGAUAAGAGCUACCGUGGCACGGUUGGCUAAAAGUGCUGGUUUACAAUCCUCCCUGCUGUUAAUUAGAUAGCCUUUGGUUAUGUUGUUGUCUCAGCCCCUUCUAGCUAUCAUAUACAGCUAACCUCACCUUGCAGGGCUGUUGUCAGAAUGCUUGUUUCAUGCUUUAAACACAUAAGGAAGCACUAGAAUAGGGCACUUAAAGUGUUUUCUUCCCCCUCAGGCAUUGCCAAGCUUCCACAUUCCAUUUUAGAGCAUCAUUCCUGGUGGGCAGGUUUUGUUCUGGCUCAUGUAUCUCCUUUGGGACAGAGUUUACAUCUGAAGCUGGACUGUGGAGUGAGCCCCUGUCCAGGAGAUCCUGCUCUGUGGGCAGUGGCCUAACCCUAACCCACUCCAUGGAACUUUGUACCUGCAUUCUCAUAGCAGAAGUCAUGCCUAACUCCUCACCAGUAAAGAAACCAAUCCUUUCUCAAGUAAGAAAAUUGAUGUCCAGUUUGUGCAAGCUUCAGUAACAAUUUCAGAUUGCAAAGCCAGUCAUUUUAUAAAUUGCACAGAAACUCUGAAACCAUUGUUGGUAACAAUCCUGGCAGAUGUCACUAAGAAUUCUCACAGUGAGAAUUCUCACAACUCACCUCACAGAAUACAUCCUGCUCUUGUCAGCACAGAGUGAUCGAGCUUUCCUGCCAGUUCUCAUCCCUCCCCUGUGGCUCCCUCGACUAAUCCCCUGCCCCACCACUGGCCGUCACACUUGAAUUUCAUUUAAUUUGGUUGGUUUUCUUUUUCUGGUUCUGAAACUUUUUAAUGUGGUUUUUCUGUGUUUUUAAAAUGGAUGUCUUUCUUGCUGAAUUCUGAUGAAUAAACAGAAGGGUUUUUUUUAGAGAACAUUCCCUUUCA